GGACCGACCCGCCGGUUCUGUUUCUGCGUCCGAACCAUCUCGAGCAGCUUCAUCAGCUGCCACUGCUAGCCUACUGCACAUCGUCUUCUUCUCCUUCGAACCCGAAGCGACCUCCGUCGAUCCGAUUCCUCCCCCGAAGCGUCGAGCAUGAACCAGCUCCAGAGCGCAAUCAGGUCGACCUUCGCUCUCCGGAGCAGGGGGGGCACCGCCGCCGCCGCCGCCGCCGCCCGAGGCCUCCCCUCGCUUCUCCGGGACGCGCCGCGGCCUUUCUCGACGGAGCCGGAGCAGCCGGCCCAGCCGGAGGACUCGUCCGCCGAUCCGUUCCUUCGGCCUCCGAACACUGGUCCUGUUUAUGCAAAGUUAUUUGGAAUGUCAAGGCACACCUUGAAGACUGAUAUUGUAAACCUGCUUGAAGGUUGUAACCUGACCCCGGAUGAUGUCAGAUUCAACUACAACCGGAUGUUUGUCCCCAUGGGAAUGAUGGUGCAAUUUCCGUCUCGGUUUCAAUUUGAUCAGGCUUUUAAGGUGAUUGGUAGGAAGGGUCGCUUGUACAAAUUGGAGAGGGCUGAUCGUUCGCAGUGGGAUCUUCUCAUGAAUUAUGAUGGGAAAACGCUUUUACUGCAAGGAAUCCCUUUCUCUGCUAAUCCAAAUGAUGUGGAACGGUUUAUGUCCGGAUGUCAAUAUGAUGCAUCCUCCAUUCAGAUGAUGGUCAGGCCAGCAAACCCGGAUCCAAUCAAGAUGGCGACUGUGAACUUCCCCUCGCAGAUUCAAGCAAUGAAUGCGUUCAUCACCAAGAAUAGAGGUUUCUGCCAAAAUAGUCAGGUUUUGUUGCGAGUUCUGCAGUAAAGGAGCUUCUCUUCAUGUUCCCUUUUCCGAUCCAUCCACAAUGGUUUUAGAUAUAGUCUGAGGAACUGGGGUAUCAAAAAUGUUGUUUUUUCUUUUCGGCUCUUCUUUUCUUUGGUUAGGAGCUUUUUCAGCCAUUUAUCCUCGAGAACGUCCAUUCAAGCUGGCCGUUUUAAUGAGAUUCAGGUUCCAUUGGCCCCUCCUAUUGUGGAAGUUUUUUUUUCGUCUGUCAGAAAAAUUGUUACCAUUAUCCCCCUCUCCCCUCCUUUCUCUUUUUUUUUUUAUUCUUCUCACUUCUUUUUAUCAUCUUUGAAGUCCUCUUCCUUUGGAUUAUGAGCUGUACUUCAUGCGGUGGAAAUUCCCCCACUGUUUGGAGAUAAAUGGCCAGUGAUGCCACAUGGUUUAUCCGAUAGCAUGAUUUGUUA